AUGACCACCGAAACAAGCAUCCACCAAAGGCGCUCCAAUUCCACCGCCUCCUCCUCUGCCUCCCAUUGCAUCUUUACCGAUCACCCCCCGCGCUCUCACUCAUUGGAUAUCUCAAUCUCGAGCGGUGGAGGCAACAAAGUCAUUGGAGCGUGCUCCAGCUGUCGUCGCUCGAAAGUCAAAUGUGAACAUGAUGGAACCGCUCCUUGCAAGCGAUGCAAGAAUGGUGGGUAUGAAUGCACUUUCAAGCCUCGAGAGAUGGGGAGUGCAUUAUUGCAGGAUGAAUGGAGGAUUCAAACGGAUGAGACAUUGAGUAAGAUAGUGGGCGCUAUUGAUGCGUUAGUUCAGCAUCAGCAGGAAGCGGGCGAGGAGGAUAGUGGGAUGGGGAGGAAAAGAAAGGCCAAGGUAGAGAUUGAUGACGGAGCAAGCAGAUAUGCACAAGCUUCAAGUAGGAACGGUAUGGGUUCAAUCAAGGAUGUAACAGGAACGGUAGGGGGUUAUCCUGCUUCGGUUGGCAGCCAUCACCUGCCUUCAACGUCGACAAGUCGAUACCAGCUAGCCACGGGUUCGACAGCAAUGACCCCGCAACUCGAAGCAUACCUGAGAAGCACUUUUAAGCGCCCUUCACUGGCAUUUGGCAUGGACCAAGCUGGACCCAUUCUCAACGAUCCUCGCACAACUCACUUGCAAUCAUCAGCAGCAACUCUCGAUCCAUUCGCCCUACCGCCUCAAGCGGAGUCAAGCACAAGAAGCGUCGACAGCAGCAACCCGAUUCGAGCAACUCUCAAAGUCAGAGGCUCCCUCCCACUUCCCUCAAUCGCCACAAUCGCCAACAACCACCUUCCCCUAGGUUCCCCUCUCUCCCUCCGUCCAAGCCAAUAUCGAUUUCCAGGCCCAACUCUCGGCAGCGCCGACCCACGACUGGACGCUAUCCGUCUCGGUCUCCUCCCCUCCCACACCGCCCGCUCCCUCUUCUCAUCCUACGCUAAACACAUCGAACCAUUCUCCUUCUGCUUCCCCGAUUUUCCCUCCACCUCCAACCUCACCCCUGUCCUUCUCUCCUCCAUCACCACCGUUUCCUCCCUCCUCUCUACUUCCCACCAGCUCCGUUCCCUCCAUCUGCGACUUCGCACCGACUUCCUCGACCGAACACACCCCUACGCUCCUCUCUCCCCCUCGGACGAGUUCAACCCCGAAUCAGGCAUCGGAACAGAAGAAGUCAUCGGAGCGUGCAUAUUUUCCACCUACGAUCCCUCACCGCAUGGUCGGCAAAUCGCUCGAGCCGCACGCUGGUGGAGUGAGAAAUACAGCUACGAAUCGGGUCCACACGCUGGUCUCACCGUCGGAGAAAUGGUCGCUAUUCUACCGCCUGUUCGAAACGUCAACAUUCAAGAUCGUGUACGUGUUUGGCUCAGCGCUUUCAUCGCCGAAUUGCACCAGUGCGAGAUUCACGGACGAGAGGCGAUCAUGGAAGCGGUCAGUCCUUGUUCCUACGCCAAAUCUCUACAAUUGGAUGCGAAUGGGGGCGCGGGGACGAAACAAGAUGCGUGUCUUGUGUUUUACGCUAGGAUCGCAUAUCUGGUUGGUAAAGCAAGGGAGACGAGCGGUGGUGGGGCAGAGGGGUUGUUGGAGUUGGCGAGACAGGUAACGAAGAGUUGGUGUGAAACGAGAGCCUUAUUGGGCACAGAAGUGGAAAGGGGGAGGGAUACUUACGAUAACACCUUGGAUCUACACUAUACGUUGGCUAAGGCUUCGAUCUAUAUUCGCACACACAACGCUCUCUCUUCCGCGGGGACCGGAGAGGCAGCAGCAGAAGUUGUGGCUUGCUCGCAAGCUUGCAAAAGUGCCUGCCUGGAUAGUAUCAGGCUGCUGAUGAGGGAGAAAGCUGGGUUCCUGGGAAACUUAGCAGCGCUACCGGUGAUAUAUCAUUAUUGGAUAGUGGGUUGUGUGAUAUUUUUGUUGCAAUUGUGCAGUCCGGAAAGAAUGUUUUACAGAUUGGGAUUAAUGUUGAACGGUGAGAUAGAUGAGGUUUUGCGGUUGGUGGGGUUGUUCAUGGAGCAGUAUGUGUCGGAGCUGGAUGGGUGUAGUACGAGAAUCGUAGUAGAAGAGGGGGAGGAGGAGGAGGUGAUGAAGCAUCCAGUUAUGGAAGCUGCCUUGGCGGUCGGAGAGAUGCUGGCGAGUGUUCAAGCUACUAUCUGA